AUGGAGUACCCGCAAGAGAGUUUCGCAGACACCACCUUCACCCCAGGAUCAUUCUGGGCCCGUCGUCGCGAGGUAGUCCGUGCCCAAACACUCCGUCACCAACUUGAGAUGCUCAAAAAGACCGGACGAUACGAAGCACUUAAAUUAGGAUGGCAUCCGAGCUAUUCAGAUCCUCCAACCGUCUACCCUGUUCCUAAUCACCAAUUCUGGGAUUCCGAUGUAGCGAAGUGGAUCGAAGGUGCUUGCUACUUGCUCACGGAUCACUUUGAUGCCGAAAUAGAUGAAGCUGUGCAGGAAUUGGUGCGGAUGAUUCAAGGGGCGCAGCAGGGGGAUGGAUAUUUGAAUAUUCAUUACUCUGUUGUUGAGCCUGGGAAACGAUUUACUAAUUUACGGGAUAUGCAUGAAUUGUAUAAUGCAGGCCACCUCAUCGAAGGAGCCCUCGCCCACCAUCAAUUCUACAAAAACGACGGAAUGCUCGCACCAAUUUUGAAAUACGUCGAUCUACUAGCCAAUACAUUUGGAGCAUCGGACAGUCAAAUCCCUGGUUACCCAGGCCACCCAGAAAUCGAAUUAGCGCUACUACGCCUGUACAAAGUAACCCAAGACCCCAAACACUUCCAACUAGCCCGAUUCUUCAUCGAGGAGAGAGGCAACCCACAUGGCGGGAAAGAAAAACGACACUUUUACGACGUGGAGAGAGAGGCUAGAGGUGAAAGUGAACACGAAUUACCCAUGUAUUAUCCCGCGGCAAGAAGUUACUGGUACCAACAAGCCCAUACACCAAUAAUCAGCCAAGAAACGAUCGAAGGACAUUCAGUUCGAGCAAUGUACCUCCUCACCGCAGUGGCAGAUAUGAUCCGAAUUUCCGAUUCCGAUUCCGAUUCCUCGCUCGAUAACGCAAGUGAGCUCGGAAGUAAAUAUUUACCCGCUCUCCAUCGACUAUGGUCAAACAUGGUCGAAAAGAAAUCUUACGUUACGGGGGGUAUUGGGGCUAUGAAGAAAUGGGAAGGUUUUGGAAUCGACUACUUCCUUCCUCACGGAACGGAUGAGGGCGGGUGCUAUGCUGAAACGUGUGCGGCGAUUGGUGUUAUGAUGUUGGCUGAACGAUUGUUGCAGAUUGAAUUAAAGAGUGAAUACGCAGAUAUAAUGGAACUCUGCCUUUAUAAUGCAGUUCUCACUGGCAUGAGUCUGGACGGGAAGGCAUUCACUUAUGUGAAUCAACUAGCCUCAUCUGAUGCGGAUCUAUCGCAGCGCCAUGAAUGGUUUGAGUGUGCUUGUUGUCCGCCUAAUGUUACCCGGACGCUGGGGUUUCUUGGUGGUUAUGUCUGGAGUCAGCGCAUCGAGGAGUCGGAAAAAGCUGUAACUGAGACUGCAACUGUCAAUGUGCACUUGUAUACCUCUGCGACACUGCGUCUAGAGACAAAGAGAUCCAAGUCCGGCGCGAUCCAGAUAAUUCAAAAAACGGAUUGGCCUUGGAAUGGAGAUGUUGAUUUCGAUAUUUCUGCCGAGGAAUCGGAAUCGGAAACAGAAUUCGAACUUGAACUCGAGCUGCGAUUGAGAAUUCCUGGCUGGGCAUCUGAAUCUUGGGAAAUAACCCCCCGUCCCAAUAAAAUCAACAUCCAAGAUGGAUAUCUCUACCUAGACAAAGAAUGGAUCCACGAACAUCCAAAAUUCCGAUUCUCAUGCCCAAUGCAAGCACGCAUAGUCCGACCUCAUCCACUAACCAUGCAACGAGUCGCAUAUAUUACCCGGGGUCCGAUUGUGUACUGUGUGGAGGACAUCGAUCACCCAUGGGAACAAGAUCAUUUCAAGGUAAAACCGCGUAUACGCUACCAAAUUUGGCUACGAAUCGUAUUCGAUCCUAAAGCGCCGUUGCGAGAGGAGAGACGGUCCGAUCCUGAUGCCUAUGUCGCUAUUAUUGCGGAGAAAGGUGCUUUGGGACAACUUGAGACUUCGGCAUGGGAUGGCAAGAUCGUGGCUGGCGGCGAGGGCGAGGGCAAAGGCCAAGGCACAGCUGUAGGGGAGCCGAGAGAUCUUUGUUUCAUCCCUUAUUAUCUGCGCGCAAAUCGAGGAGGAAGAGGGCAGAUGAGGGUGGGAUUACGGGACAUAUGA